GGCACCUCUUGCCUACAUACCAAGGUUUCCGACUCUAACUUCCAGUUCAACAGAUAUAAGGGAUUGAGAUGAGAAUGACUGAGAACAGGGUAGCCGUGCUUUAUAUCUAUCGCCACCUCAAUAUUUCCCGAGAACUAGUCUGGAGCCUCUUCCAAUGAGUGGACCUGAUUUUGGUGCCAUAGGAGAAGAAGCUGAACUAGUAGAAGUUGAACCAGAAGCUAAACAGGAAAUUCUGGAAAAUAAAGAUGUUGUGGUUCAACAUGUGCACUUUGAUGGACUUGGAAGGACUAAAGAUGACAUUAUCAUGUAUGAAAUCUGUGAUGUUUUCAAAGCUAAAAACCUUAUUGAUGUCAUGAGGAAGUCUCAUGAAGCUCGUGAAAAGCUCCUCCGUCUUGGAAUUUUUAGACAGGUGGAAGUUCUAAUUGAUACAUGUCAAGGAGAUGAUGCUCUUCCAAAUGGUUUAGAUGUAACAUUUGAAGUAACAGAACUGAGAAGAUUAACUGGAAGUUACAACACUAUGGUUGGCAAUAACGAAGGGAGCAUGGUACUUGGGCUCAAACUUCCUAAUAUCUUGGGACGAGCUGAGAAGGUGACAUUUCAGUUCUCCUAUGGAACAAAGGAAACUUCAUAUGGCCUCGCUUUCUUCAAGCCACAGCCUGGACACUUUGAACGAAACUUUUCUCUCAAUCUGUAUAAAGUAACUGGACAAUUCCCUUGGAGUUCUCUUCGUGAAACUGACAGAGGAAUAUCAACGGAAAUCAAUUUUCCUAUAUGGAAGACCAACCACACUCUAAAAUGGGAAGGUGUCUGGAGAGAGCUUGGCUGUCUUGCAAGAACUGCAUCAUUUUCUGUUCGAGAAGAAAGUGGACACUCCCUCAAGUCUUCUGUAUCUCAUGCCAUGGUAAUUGAUUCUCGAAACUCUUCCAUCUUGCCCCGACACGGUGCCUUGCUGAAAAUAAAUCAGGAGCUGGCUGGCUAUACAGGUGGAGAUGUGUCUUUUCUAAAGGAGGACUUUGAACUUCAGUUGAAUAGGCAACUUCUGUGGGAUUCAGUUUUGUCAGCUUCUCUCUGGGGUGGAAUGUUGGUUCCUAUUGGAGAAAAACCAUCCAGUAUUGCUGAUAGAUUUUAUCUUGGUGGACCAACAAGUGUGCGUGGAUUCAGUAUGUACAGCAUUGGACCUCAGAGUGAAGGUGAUUACCUGGGUGGUGAAGCCUACUGGGCAGGAGGUCUGCACUUGUACACACCUCUCCCUUUUCGGCCAGGUCGUGGAGGAUUUGGAGAUCUCUUUCGAACACACUUCUUUCUCAAUGCAGGCAACCUGUGUAACCUUAACUAUGGUGAAGGACCUAAGGCUCAUCUUCGUAAACUAGCAGAAUAUAUCCGAUGGUCUUAUGGUGCUGGAAUAGUUCUCAGGCUUGGAAACAUCGCACGAUUAGAACUCAACUACUGUAUACCUAUGGGUGUACAAAGUGGGGACAGGAUAUGUGAUGGAGUUCAGUUUGGAGCAGGAAUAAGAUUUCUGUAAUGUCACAGAGUCUGUAUUUGAAUUAAAGUAUGGCAUAGUGGUGACCCUGAAAUUUGUACUGAUAUAAUUAUGUAUGAACGAUUAAGUCCAAUAAAGAAAAUUGGAGGAAAAAAUUGUG